AUGGUGCCUAAGCCAAUGGAGGAGCCCUUGGUGGCGUGCAAGAAGAGCAAAUCGGCGGAGGAGGAGGAGCCCACUGCGAAGAAGUUGGACGAUGAAGAAGUAAAGGCAACCACAACUUCUGUUUCCGCCGAAUUGAAGCCUGGAGCUUCUUCGCUCAAGAAGAAGAAGAAAUCUUCUCGAGAAUUGAUGAAGUGGAAGCCGAAACUCAAGACAGUCAAAACCGCGGCCACUACGUUGGCUUUUGUUUUCGAAACUGGGGUUAUGUUAGCUACUGAUCAUAAGCCAAGUGUGCAAUACUGCCAACAUGAAGUCGCAAAAGGAAGAACACGUUCCGUUGGAGGGGCAUCAAAGUGGGUGGCUGACAUGGUGUCUUCUUGCGAUGAUAAGGAUUCGUUAAUGGGAUUAACUAUUGCUGGGCGGGACGACGAAAAUGGUGCUAGCUUGUAUUUCAUGAACAAUGAGGAUAAUCUGGAAAAAAGGAAAAGUUGUGCCAUUGGAUCUGGUUCUCAGAUUGGUUAUGGACUUGUGGUUUUAUUCAAGGCUUUUGAUGAGCUGUCCUUUGAUCAAGCUGUUGUGCUUUUAAAAUCAGCAAUCUCCGGUGCUGCUUUAGAUGCCAGAUCCCGCAUUAGGUCGGGUAAAGGCGGUAAAUUUGGUGGUCACAUCAGUGGAUACUUUGUAAGUGCCCGUGGGUCGGAGGUGGUGUUUCUUAAUCAAGAUGUAAGAGAAGCACAAGAAGAAGUUAAUUACGAUACCAGACUAGGGUCCAAAAUUGAUCCUCCAUGA